AUGACCAAUAGUCUUUCGGAUCCCAAAUUGACGGCCACACUUCUAACGACUGUGUCAGUGAUCUGUCUUGGUUCGCUUCAGUUUGGUUACCAUAUGGCUGAGUUGAAUGCACCGGAAUUACUAUUGUCAUGUAAGAUAUCUGUUCCAGGGCUGGUACCAUUUGAAAGUCUGUGGUUUGGAUCGCAUGGGUUUGAACGUUGUAUCGAACUUUCGCCGCAGCAGGUUGGCUUGGUGACAUCGAUCUUCAGUAUUGGAGGAUUGAUUGGUUCUUUCUAUGUUGGAACCAUAGCUGAUGCCAUUGGUAGAAAGAAGACGAGCUUGCUCCAUUGUGUAUUCUUCUUCGUGGGCUCUACCUUGAACGGGUUGAGCAAUUCCUAUGUUUCAUUGUUGUUCGGACGUUUUGUCAGUGGUUUGGGUGCUGGCUCUGCUAUUGUUAUCACUUCGUUACUUAUCAACGAAAUUGCCCCUCCAACUUCUAAAGGGUUGUUGGGCUCGAUGAAUCAAGUCAGUAUAAACGUAGGAAUAUUAUUCACCCAAUUGUUGUCUUUGGCCUGGUGCACAGAUAACGACUGGCGUCUUCUACUCUUCAUGGCUUCGUUGCUUGCCAUUGUAAACUUCUUGCUUAUCUUCUUCUACGUGGAAGAGUCUCCUGUUUGGUUGCUCAAUACGGGAGAUAAUGUCAAAGCAUUCACUGUGUUGCAUAGAUUGAGAGGUGGAAGCUAUUCUGCGUCUCAGUCAGAAGUCAACAGCUGGAAGAAACACGGUGCUGGUACCGGUGAUGAAGGCGUUAUCUUGCUAGACAACGGUGGGUCACUUGAAGAAGGCGAAGGACAAGUGAAUGCUUCUGCAUCCUCAACUGUAACUUUGAAGGAAUACUUGAGUUCGCGCGAGUAUAACAAUUCAAAACUCGUAGCUACUGGUAUCUUGAUUCUCCAGCAAUUGGACGGAGUCAACUCCAUCAUCUUCUACGGAGUUUCGGUACUUGUAGCGAUCUUCCCUGACCAUGCUAUUUCCAUCAAUUGUUUGAUUUCGACUGUCAACGUUGUAGUAACAUUCUUGUCUGCCACCGUUGUGGAUAGAUUGGGACGUAAACCUCUUUUACUUACCUCAGUGACAUUCUUGGGAAUCCUGUCUGCUGUGAUGGGAUUGGGUAUUAUCAACACAAGUUCGGUUUUGUCCAUCGUUGGAACGUUCACAUACAUAACCUUCUUUGCAAUAGGGUUGGGGCCUAUUCCAUUCUUGUUGGUUGGAGAAGUAACUCAACCAAGGGCCAAGGCUCUGGCUCAAAGUUGGGGUACUACCAUGAACUGGUUCGCUACCUUUGUAGUAGGUUACGCAUUUCCCAUGGUGAAGAACGCGAUUGGUGGGUAUGUUUAUUUCUUCUUCACCGCUAUGUGUGCAGUGAGUUACUGGUUUAUCCAAGCCCAUAUUCCUGAGACAAAGGGUCAUGAUUCCUACGAAGAAGUCUGGGGCAUAGCUAACUAG